AAACUCAUUAAACUAUAACAAAAAAGACACUCUUCUUUCUCAAUUCUCUAUAAAGUUACUGUGUGUGUAUUAGAGAUUGGCGAAAAGUUACUAGCUUCAGGUUCAUUGCGCAGAGAUGGCUCAAAGUGAGAAGUCAAGCUCAAUUAUGAGUUCCUUUUCAACAACGCUGCUGGAAGUGUGGGAGAAUUGGGAUGUGAGGGGAAUGGUUCUUUUUAGUCUCACCCUACAAAUUGUGCUCUCUGUCUUAGGUAGGCGUCGGAAAUACACACUUAACCCUUUCUCCAAAAUCAUUCUAUGGUUUGCCUACUUAGGUGCCGACUGGAUUGCCAUUGCUACUUUGGCCAAGCUUUCCAGUUCCCAUAUUGAAUCUCCCACCAUGAAUGUUUUAAGAGCAUAUUGGGCCCCUUUGCUCUUGUUUCAUCUUGGUGGCCCUGACACCAUCACAGCUUAUGCUUUUGAAGACAACAAGCUUUGGAUUAGGCACGUCGUUAUCCUAGUUGUCAAAGCCAUUCUUGUUGGUUAUAUCAUUUGUUUGUCGUGGACCUUUUCUUGGCUCUCAUUUUUAAGUCUCCCUCUCAUCUUAGCUGGAAUUAUUAAGUAUGUAGAGAAAGUAUUGUGCCUCAGGCUGAAUAACUUGCAGAAAAUAGAACCAGUCAUUUCUGAUAUCUUUAAUUCUCAAAGUCUUUCUCUUCUCACCAAGGAUCAAACCCUUGAAGAUUUUGCAGAAGGAAACCCAUUUGUGUUACAAGAUUAUCUGUUAUUUACAAUGACGAGACCUGAUGUCAAUGAUUUCCUCUAUUCCCAUAGUUCUACCUCUACUAGCAUAAUAAUGCAAACUUAUUUUAAGGAAAUUACACAUAUAAAUAAUCCUAUUGUCCUUCCUAAGUAUUUGGACUAUAUUUUCUCAGGCUACGAGAAAAUUUCCUCAGGCCAUUUUGAAGGCAUCGAAGUUAUCGACCGUUUUGUUGUUCAACUAGAAUUUAUAUUUGAUGUUGUUUACACCAAAGCUGCUUUGAUUUACACGAAGUUAGGCUGUUCUUUGCGCCUCACCAGUUUCGUGAGCUCCUUUUCAGUUCUACUGCUCUUCUUUAUCAGUAUCAUUAAUGAGCCAAAAUUCCAUUUCUCAAGAGUUGAUCUUGCCAUAACGGGUAUCUUAUUGACCGGAGCUAUUGCAUUGGAACUUUAUGCAGCAUGGAUAAUGCUUUCUUCUGAUUGGGCAAUUCUUGUUGGGGCAUUUCAUCAUUGUGUGUUGAUACGCAAACUGUUUAAGGGAGCCUUAAGCUUAAAGUGCUUCCCUUCUUUAUUGUGUCAAAGUAAAAGGUGGUCAAAUCGAAUUGGACAAUUUGAUCUGUUGAAAUAUUGUCUGCUUUAUAAGAAAAAGAAGGUGAACCGAUCAAGUGGCAUUCUACAAAAGAUCACCAUUGGCAGUGACAUUAUUGAAAUCUACCACAAAUACAGAUUUACUAAAUUUCCUCCGGUUCCAUGUUAUUUAAAAGGCAUGGAGAAUUUCUUGGCACCUGUUACUUCAGUCUUCAUGCACAAUUUUUCAAGGGGAAAGAAAACACUAAGCAAAGCGGGGCAAUAUGAUAAUCUAAGUUGGAGCUUUGAAUUAGACUUUGAUUAUAGCAUCAUAAUAUGGCACCUCGCCACAAGUGUUUGCUAUUAUCAAGAGGCUCAUGAUGUUGAUGGGAAAGCCAUUAUUAGUAAACAAGUAUCAGAUUACAUGAUGUAUCUAUUGGCUAGGUAUCCUGCCCUGAUAUUGCCUGAACGCAGCAAGAGUUUCUGGCUUGAUCAUACUUAUGACAUGCUCAAAGACCUUUUGUUUUCUACAACUGAUAUAAGAAAUGCUGCUUCCACAUUAGUUUCAGAUAGCGACCUUCAAUCCAGUGAGUCAACAAUUGAAGACCUACAGGGAGAUGUGUCUCCUACAAUUGAUAUAAGAAAUGUUGCUUCCACAUUAGAUUUGAAUCCUGAUACUGUUGACAAUGAUGAGCUUGAAUCCAGGUUUGAUGUUCUUAAUUACCUAUUUUCAUAGAAUUAUAAAAGUAGAAUUAAAGU